GAAGUUCCCGCUGCCGGCGUGGUGCUCUUCUUAGCCGCCUGUCAUGGCCUGGGGACUGCCCACUGCUGCCAGCCUGGCACGUUUCUGCCAGAGGCUGAACCGGCUGAAGCCACUAGAGGAGUCCAGCAUGGAGACAUCGCUGCGGCGCUGCCUGUCCACGCUGGACCUGACCCUGCUGGGUGUGGGUGGUAUGGUGGGCUCAGGCCUCUAUGUGCUCACAGGCACUGUGGCCAAGGACAUGGCUGGGCCUGCUGUGCUCUUGUCCUUCGGUGUGGCUGCUGUGGCUUCCCUGUUGGCAGCCCUGUGCUAUGCAGAGUUUGGAGCACGAGUGCCCCGCACAGGUUCCGCAUACCUAUUCACCUAUGUGUCCAUGGGCGAGGUGUGGGCCUUCCUCAUAGGCUGGAAUGUGCUCCUGGAAUACCUCAUUGGGGGUGCCGCGGUGGCCCGUGCCUGGAGUGGCUAUCUGGAUGCCAUCUUUAGCCACAGAGUUCGAAACCUCACUGAGUCUCAAGUGGGUGUCUGGCAGGUGCCCUUCCUGGCCCAAUACCCAGAUUUCUUGGCCGCUGGCAUCCUGCUCGUGGCUUCCGCCUUCGUCUCCUGUGGAGCCCGGGUCUCCUCCUGGCUCAACCAUACCUUCUCGGCUAUCAGCCUGGUUGUCAUCCUCUUCAUCAUCAUCCUGGGCUUCAUCCUGGCCCGCCCCCGCAACUGGAGUGCCGAGGAGGGUGGCUUUGCACCCUUCGGCUUCUCUGGCAUCAUGGCGGGCACUGCCACCUGCUUCUAUGCCUUUGUGGGCUUUGAUGUCAUUGCCGCCUCCAGCGAGGAGGCCCAGAACCCCCGGCGGGCUGUGCCCAUGGCCAUCGCCCUCUCCCUUGGUCUGGCAGCCAGUGCCUAUAUCCUUGUCUCUGCUGUGCUAACCCUCAUGGUGCCCUGGCACAGCCUGGACCCGGACUCAGCACUCGCUGACGCUUUCUACCGGCGGGGCUACAGCUGGGCUGGCUUCAUCGUGGCAGCUGGCUCCAUCUGUGCCAUGAACACCGUCCUACUCAGCAACCUCUUCUCCCUGCCGCGCAUCGUCUAUGCCAUGGCCGCCGAUGGGCUCUUCUUCCAGGUGUUUGCCCGUGUGCACCCCCGAACACAGGUGCCUGUGGUGGGCAUUCUGGUGUUCGGGGUCCUGAUGGCUCUCCUGGCUCUGCUGUUGGACCUAGAGGCACUGGUCCAGUUUCUGUCCAUCGGCACCCUGCUGGCCUAUACCUUUGUGGCUGCCAGCAUCAUUGUGCUGCGCUUCCAGAAGUCAUCUCCACCCAGCUCCCCAGGCCCAGGCAGCCCUGACCUCACGGCCAAGAAGUACGACUCCUUCUCAGACCACAUACAGCUAGUGAGUGCCGUGCAGGCCUCGAUCCCUGAGCCUGGACAGCUGCGCCCAUCCCUGAGGCCCUACCUGGGCUUCCUGGGAGAGCUCAGCCCUGGAACUGCUGUGGCUUGGGCACUUGGCAUCCUGGUGGCCUCGGCUAUCCUGCUGGGCUGCGUGCUGGUCUUUGGAGACUCGCCCCUGUACCUUCCGCAGUGGGGCUACACCCUGCUGCUCCUACUCAGUGGUGUGGUGUUUCUGCUCAGCCUCCUGGUCCUGGGGGCUCACCAGCAACAGCACCCGCGGGACACUUUCCAGAUCCCCCUGGUGCCCCUGACGCCAGCUCUGAGCAUCCUUCUCAAUAUCUGCCUCAUGCUGAAGCUGAGCUACCUGACCUGGCUGCGCUUUGCCAUCUGGCUGCUGAUUGGACUUGUCGUGUAUUUUGGCUAUGGCAUCAGGCACAGCAAGGAGAACCAGCGGGAGUCACCGGGGCUGACAGCCACACGAUAUGUGGUGUUCCCCAGCAGCAGCCUGGAAGAGACAGUGCAGCCCGUGCAACCCGCAAGCCAGGCACCAGCCCAAGGGGCAGACAGCAUGGAGUAGUUGGCGAGCCUGUGAGCCACCAUGUGCUGUCCCUGCCUUCCCCUACCUCCCUGAGAGGCCUGAAGAGCUGGGAGCUGUUUC